AUGAACCCCAUCAACUUUCUCCCUUCGCCCGAGGAUGAUCUACCAUUUCCAUUCGCAGACGAUUGUCCCGACGAUGCCUUUCAGCCGUUCUGGGCCCAACCCAAGCCCAGGCAGCUGCCCGAGUUGCAUAUCCAUCACAACGUCAACACUUCACGGGUGGAGACUCAGAUCCGGGUGCAGCUGACCUUGAGCCCCCUUCCGGAAGGCGUCACAAAGCUGCACCUACAACGCCACACCAUCGGGAGACCGAAGCUGCUUGCCAAAGCAGAAGACAGGGUCAAAUCUCCCGACACGUUGGAACUCCAUACAUUUCUGGUACGAGGAAGCGCGAUGAAGGACGAAGGCUCGAGACUGAGAGCUUUGGAAGCGGCGACCCGACAGAUCCAGGAACCACAGACACAGGAGAGCCCAGCGCUACCGACCGAGCUCGGGGGAGAGGUGCGCAUCUGCGAGCGCUGCAAGUUUCGCGAACGCAAGCGUGCGUCUCGCAAGGUCAGAGUCGACAAGGGACAGCACUCAUGGGCCGAAUUCGAGGACGAGCGGGUCGUGGUUUUCAACGACUCGGAAUACAAGAAGUGGGAGCUGCCGUCGACUCUGGGCGCCGCAGAAGGGGCCAUGCAGGUCGAGCUACCGAUGCGAAUAGCAUGUUACUGCCGCCAUCACCAGGAGCAGGUUGGAUUCUGUGUCAUCUUCACCAUCCUUGACCACGAAGGCAACCAGGUUGCUCAGCGCAUGACGAACCCGAUCCUUGUGACAGACCGACACAAAAGCGCUCAGCGAACGAGUCCUAGCCCUUCGAGUUGCAAGCGGAUCUCAAUGGCAGACUCAUCGGGCGGCUCGCCCUGGGAGCUCUCGCCUGGUACCGACUCUCAGGCCAUCUCCACCGAAGGGUCACUCGGCACACCCGCCAUCAGGAAGCCGAAGCGGUUGAAAACAGCUCCAAGUGGCUCCAUCAAAGACGCAAACUCGGAUAUCCAGGCUCUCAUCUCAUUGGCGGGGCCAUCACAAUCAGCGUCUCUGCUCACGGCAUUGACGGAAGGAUACGAAUCACAGAAGCGGGUGCAACGUGAAGAAAAGCUACCUCGUAUAUACAAGGUGGUUCCGCCGCAAUGUCCCAAGCAUGGAGGGUGUGAGGUCGUUUGCCUCGGUGAGAAUUUUGACCGCAACGUACAAAUCUCUUUCGGCGGCAACGCCGCUCUUACAACCACUUUCUGGAACAGUCAAACUGUGGUGUGCUUGGUACCUCCAUCAAACUUCACAGGUCUUGUACCGGCUUCGAUACAUUCGAAUUCCCCUGUAUUACCAGGCUCCAGCCCAUCAAUCGCAUUCAUGUACGUAGAUGGCAAUUAG